UAGGAGGAAGCCGGCCUGUGCCCCGGCGGGGACGCCGCGCGGGCUCGGCGGGCGGGAGCCGGCGGCUGGACGGGCUCGCGGCGCAGGGCCUCGGAGGGACCCCGUGCCUGGGUUCCUGAGAGCUGGCCUCCAGACGGUGAGCCCCGGCCAGGUGCCCCCAGCAGAGCAUGUCCCGGCCGGACCCAGAGGAGCUGGCCGAAAUAGAGCUGCGGAAAGAUGAGGAGCCGGAGGCGGCUCUGCCGGGCGUGAUUCGAAGGCCCUCAGCGGCACCCACGGCUGGCCAGGAGCCUGCACUGAGCACCAGCCACCCCUUCUACGACGUGGCCAGACACGGCAUUCUGCAGGUGGCAGGGGAGGACUGCCACGGGAGACGUGUCGUCUCGUUCAGCUGCUGCCGGAUGCCGCCCUCGCACGAACUCAACCACAGGCGCCUGCUGGAGUACUUGAAGUACGCACUGGACCAGCACGUGGAGAGCGAUUACAUCCUGGUCUACUUCCACUACGGGCUGAGCAGCCGGAACAAGCCGUCCCUGCACUGGCUGCAGGGCGCCUACAGGGAGUUCGACCGGAAGUACAAGAAGAACUUGAAGGCUCUCUAUGUCGUGCACCCCACCAACUUCAUCAAAGUCCUGUGGAACGUCUUCAGACCCCUCAUCAGUCACAAGUUUGGGAGAAAAGUCACCUAUUUCAACUACCUGAGUGAGCUCCGUGUGCACCUCCAGUGCGACCAGCUGGCCAUCCCCCCGGAAGUCGUGCGGUACGACGAGAAGCUCCAGAGCCUGCGCAAGGGCGCGCCACUCCCUCCCGCCAAGACACCGCCGCCGCGGCCCCCCCUGCCCACGCAGCAGUUCGGCGUCAGUCUGCAGUACCUCAAAGACAAAAACCAAGGCGAACUCAUCCCCCCUGUGCUGAGGUUCACGGUGACCUACCUGAGAGAGAAGGGACUCCGCACGGAGGGCCUGUUCCGGCGAUCGGCCAGCAUCCAGACCGUCCUCGAGAUCCAGCGGCUCUACAAUCAAGGCAAGCCCGUGAACUUUGACGACUAUGGGGAUGUCCACAUCCCCGCCGUGAUCCUGAAGACCUUCCUGCGGGAGCUGCCCCAGCCGCUGCUGACCUUCAAGGCCUACGAGCAGAUCCUGGGGAUCACCAGGGCAGCUUGGGGACGCUCGUCGGUUGGUGAGUUUUGACCGGAAGCUCAGAGCUCAGUGGGGGACUGUAGUUAAGAGGGACCUGGGGUGGGAGGUGGUCUCUCAACCCUGGGACAGCUACAUUUAGCCCCCUGUCGCUGUGGGGCCUUGAGCUGCUGAGAAUCAUAACCGGGUCAGGUCCGUGGACUGGGGUCAGCAUGGGUUCUCCGUAACGGGCCCCGCGGAAACGCCUCGGGCUCGGUGGGCCCGGCUGCACUGAGAAGGAGGCCACAGACGGUUUGCGGCCGCGGCCCCGUGUGGGGAGCUUUACCAGUAAGAAUAGGCCGCUGGCCCUGGGGCCCCGGGCUGCUGUGUGCCAGGGCCCAGCCUGGACGUCCCAUGUGUGAAGUGGUGUAACCUCCGGGGAGGUCACAGCUGUGUGCCCCUGGUGAAGAAGGGGACAGAGCUGGACGGAGACACCUGCAGGCCAGUGAAGUGAGCAGGUGCUCCAGGCAAGUGCAGGGCGAGGGGA